CCCCAGCGUGUUUGGAAACUUUUUACCAGUUUCAUUCCAGUUUAAGAGCAAGUUGGGACAGGUAGCCUUCUCUUGCGCUGUUUGUUUCAUGUGUAUUCUGCAUGUUUGCUUUUAGAAGGUGUGUACCGAGGUCACAGGUGCCUAACAUACUUUUUACUAACAAGUUAAAACAGGCUGUUGGGGAAGUGUUGUACUGUGGAAAUCUCGCGCUCCGCGGAUGUUGCGCUUUGUAUCCUGAUUGCAAAACAAACCUAAAAAAACACACGGAAGCUCUGAGCGCAUGCACGAAUCGCCCAGGGUGAUGGAGGUAGAAGGGGAGUUGUUGGACCUGAGUCACCUGUCAGAGGCAGAGCAGUCUUCCAUCUUGGAAGUGUUGCUAAGGGACUCUGAGCUGCGUUCCCGUGAUGAUGGUCGUUUAAGGGCCCUGCAGCAGAAAGAGGCAGACCCAGUGCGUUUGAGGUCACUGUCAGGGGCGUGGUUUAAUGAGGAGAGAAGCAAACGCCACCGAGACACGAAGAACGGCGUUGACAUCGUACAGGCCUCUAUACGACGCAGGAAGCCAAGAACAGAUUUGCCUCUGAGUGGGGUGUUUAACGGGCAGACAGAAGAUGCUCCUCCCACUAACAACAAAGACCCAACUUGUCAGAUAAAUGACAAGAAAGACGAGGAUGACAAGAGAAGUUACAGGAGUCAAAAUCGUCUCACACCUACACCCAGAACCAGGAGCCCAAACACACAGAGUCUCCAGGACAGCAACAGCAUCUCAUCUUCAGAAUAUUACAGCAGGAGGAAUGUACACAGAGAGGAGACAGGGGAGGGAACACUGCAGGACUCGGAGGACACAAACUCGGUGUCCAGUGGUGUGACAGAUGCUGAUCCGACACCUCUAAGGCCUGGGAGCUCAGUCAGCAGUCUACAGUCUAACUACACAUUGAGUGGCAGUAUGAUGAGUCUGUUCAGUUCGGGGGAGUUCGGAGCAGUGGAGGUGAAAGGACGUGUCCUAUUCUCAUUGGACUAUGACACUCAGAGGGAGGAGCUGCAGAUCAGAGUGUGUCGCUGUGAAGACCUGGCCGCCGCACGCAAGAACCACUCCGACCCGUAUGUGAAGGCAUAUCUCCUGCCUGAUAAGUCAUCUCACAGUAAGAAGAAAACAUCAGUGAAGAAAAAGACUCUCAGCCCAGUCUUUGACCAGACACUGAAAUAUAAAAUCAGUGUGUCAGAGGUGCGUGGCAGGACUCUGAACCUGUCUGUGUGGCACGCUGCCCCACUGGGCAGAAACCUGUUCCUAGGAGAGGUAGAGCUAGAGCUGGCUCACUGGGACUGGAAACAUACAUGCUCUGACUGGUACCAGCUACAGCCACGGGUCCAGUGUAGUCCAGAGUCUAUCAGUAGUCGAGGCAACAUCCUGCUCUCUAUCAAGUUCAUCCCAGCAGGGUCCGAGGGUGGAGGUCUACCUCUAACAGGGGAGCUACACAUCUGGCUGCGGGAAGCGCAGGGUCUUCUCUCCACCAAAGGGGGUGUCGUUGACUCCUUCAUCAAGAGUUACGUGCUGCCGGACACCAGCCGGUCGAGCGGUCAGAAGACACGCGUGGUUAAGCGGUCGGUCAGUCCGACCUACAACCACACCAUGGUGUAUGACGGGUUCCAGCCUGCUGACCUGAGAGAGGCCUGUGCCGAGCUGACUGUCUGGCACCGUGAAGGGUUAAAAACACACCUGCUGGGAGGGGUCCGACUCAGCCGUGGGACAGGUCUGAGCUAUGGAGUGGCAGUGUGUUGGAUGGAUUCAACAGAGGAAGAAGCAUCUGUUUGGAAUUCCAUGAUCCUGAACCCCAACCACUGGAUGGAUACUACACUACCUAUCAGAACUAACCUGGCUGAUCGCCCAGAAUAACACACACACACUACACUUCCCACUAGAAUCUGUACAUAUAAAAGGUAGUGCUGCUGGUAGUAUGUGUUGGGUUUUGUUGCCUACAGUAGGAUACGUAUAGGUAUACUUUUAGCCUACCUGUAGGGCUAGUUUUAGAGACCCAGAUCAAUCAAAUACAUUUCAGUUAGGGCAGUGUAGGGCUAUUGUUUUAAAUUAGGAUAGGGUCAGCUAAUACUUCCUCAAGCCUAGCUAGUGGUUUAUAAAUGCCCAAACGAUCACGGUUGAAUUCCACAAUAAUAAGGAACUAGAAAGAGGAAACUAGGGGGAGGAAAUGCAUAUGACAGUGUGUUAGUUAACAAAGACAUUACUUCUUAAUCAUGUUAUGUUAAAACUGCUGUAUAAAAUGUGUCAUCUAAAAACUUGUGUCAUAUGUCAAGUAAACAAUUUAAGAGUAUUUGAGCUGCACUUAAUAUAGCUUGGAGUUGGUACUUUUUGGACUAUUCCACAGUAUAAGUCAUAAUAGCGAUAACCUAGCUGUCAAACAAGGAAAUGGUUCCAAUCGUUUUUCCACCAUUUAUUUUUCCCAUAGGGAUUUAGAUUUUAGAAACACUUAAAAUAAUGGCUUUGUUUCGUGUAGAUCUACCCUGACGUAUUCUUUAUAUUCUUUAUCCCCUUACACUUGUGUCUAUAAGGUAGUAGUUUUGGAAUUGUUAGCUAGAUUACUUGUUGGUUAUUACUGCAUUGUCGGAACUAGAAGCACAAGCAUUUCGCUACACUCGCAUUAACAUCUGCUAACCAUGGGUAUGUGACAAAUAAAAUUUGAUUUGAUUUGAUAUUUGACGUAAUGUUUUGAUAACCGUCUAAAUCUCUUUCGGACAAGGUGACUUUUAUCAAUAUAUUUUCUUGAAUUUACCCCCCCCAAAAUGAAAUGAUAAUUAGUUGCUAAUGUUGGUGUCAUAAAGAACUACAAAUGUCAUGAUGAUCUGGACGAGACUGGCUAAUCGAGGCAAUGAUAAGAAUCUAAGGGAUUAACUAUCUAAUGUUAGCUAAAUGUAGUAAUGACUAAAUUGACAUUCUGUGAACUGUCUUGUGCACGUUUUUAAUGGCACAAUACCUGUUAGCAAAGGUGUCAGCUAGGGAUAAAAUGCAGGAGCUUGUAGGGAUUUGUAAUCUGCAUUUUCGUAUCUGAGUGGAAUAUAUUGACAAAUCAAUUUGGCCAGGAGAGAUUUACAUGGUUAUCAAAACGUCACGCCACGGUAAGCCUGCACGAAACACAGCCCUUAUUUUAAGUGUCUCUAAAAUCCCCUAUGGAAAAAAUGAAUGGUGGAAAUAUGAUUGAAACCAAUUCCCGGUUUGGGUUUUGUGGGUAUUCUGACACCUCCACCGUUUAGACGACUUCAAGCCCAACUCAGGUAUUUGACUAAUAUAUUAUGACGCAGUUCUGGUUCUCUGUUGUGAAGUAAAAUUUACUGUAAAAAUCAACCUUUAUGAAUGUUUCUGUGUAAUAAUGUUAUUGUACAUGAUCAAUUACAUUUCAAUACCUCGAUUAAACUACAGUUUUGUAAUCUCGUG